AUGGGAAACACGCUUUCGUAUCAGACUUCCGAAUGUGAAGUCCAACUUUCAGGAUCCAAAGGUAACAUCAAAGGCCUACAGUUCGACAGCAAAUCACGCCGAUUUGCGAAUAUUGCAUACGCUCUUCCUCCUACCGGUGAUCGAAGAUGGCGCAAGCCGCAGCCAUUACCUGAGUCAUAUUCGUACUCAACAUCAGAGGGAGCGCCUUUCGACGGCAGGACGUUCGGCCAGGUCUGCCUCCAGCCUAACUAUUCGGCUUCUGUGAAAAAGAAUGUUCCGCAGCAUGAUUACGGAGAAGACUGUCUCCGGCUGAACAUCUGGACGCCGGUGCCAGAGUGCGAAGGGAAUCAAAACGUCAAAUGGCCAGUCAUGGUCUGGUUUCAUGGAGGGUGGUUUCAAAUGGGUGACCCCAGUAAUGAAGCUUCGAUGGAUCCUACCGAGCUCAUCUCCACUGGCGGACUUAAUGCUGUCUUUGUGGCGGUAGGAUAUCGACUUAAUGUCUUUGGCUUUCUAGCUGGAGCACCUUUACAAGACGAGAAUCCAGACGGAGCUGUGGGAAACUACGGACUCUGGGACCAGCGACUUGCAAUGGACUGGGUAUAUGAUAAUAUCAGUGCAUUCGGCGGUGACCCUGGGAAUAUAACACUCUCAGGUAGAAGCGCAGGCGCGUAUUCCGUGCAGGCACAAACGCUCUAUGAUUUCCGAGGGACGCUUCCUGAAUCUUCCAGGAACCAGUUCAGGAGGUUGGUCAUGUAUUCAAAUGCCAUUCCUACUCAGCCUAAGACGUCUGAGGAGUGUCAGCCACAAUUUGAUGAGCUUUGCGACUACUUUGGUAUCCCUUCGACAAGCUCUGGGCCUGAAAAGCUGAAGCUCUUGCGUGGCCUCGGUGCAGAAGAGCUAAGGGAUGCCAUAAUGAAACUCAAAAACCACACUUUUCGGCCGAUAACUGAUGGUGUUUUCAUUCAUCCGGGCAUAUUCGCUUACUAUCGAGAUGGUUCUUUUGCGCGCGAAUUCAAGCGGCGCGGGCUACGAAUCUUCAUCGGUGAAGUCCUCAAUGAAGAGACGCUAUACGCUGUGACUAACGGGCCUGAUGCAAGUCUCGAGUCUCUGGAAACACAAAUAUCAAAUUAUUAUUCGCCCUCAACAACUUCACGCCUACUGAGACAUUACCCAUUGCCUUCUGCCCCCCAGAAGCAAGGCUGGGAGGCAGUGUUCGGCCGAAUCAUAUCAGACGGCCAGGUACGAGCACCUUCAAGAUUCCUCGUCAACAAUCUUCUCGAGAAUGGUGUCGAGGUUCGUGAUAUCUGGCGGUAUAUAAUCGCAUAUCGGCUCUCUUUCAUCACAGAAAACGUAGCUCCAGCUUCAUUUGGUGUUAGUCAUGCCAUGGAUAGACCAUUCUGGAACUAUUCUAUCAUGCAUGGGCCAACCCCUGCAGAGCACCAACUCAUGCAUGAGUGGGUCCGAGACUUGGUGGCUUUUGUUAACGACGAGCCAGGUCAUGCCUAUGGAACUGAGAAAACGGACGAGGUUAAGGUCGCUACCCCGGAGGGCCGUAUAGAGAUUCAGAAAGAUUCGAGAUGGUCCGAGUUACUGGAUCUGAUGGAGGUGUUUGCGGGGUCUAGUUGA